AGCGACGGUCGUAAAAAGAAAUUCAGAAAAAGAGAGCAUUGAUUUCUUGUGCCAAUGGCUUCGUCUCACCCAAAUUCAUUAAUCAUCAUGACCCAAGGGAAAAAACUGGAGAAAAUUUGUCGUUGCAUGGCUCUGCCCGCACAUAAAUAGGCAAACAAUUUUGUGCUUUUCCAUUCUCUUCUGCAUUGAAUCAGAAAAUCGACGGAAAGUGCCCAGUGGUUAAUACUUUAUGGUCACACCAAACUCGCUAGAGUCCUCCGAAAAUCCUCAUAAAGGUUUCAGACGGUGGUGGCGUAGAUGGAAGGAGGAGAGAGAAAGGAGGCGGCGGCGUUGCCGUCGGACUACGUUUCGCUGGCUCAACUACAAGAGCGGUGGCUGCAGAAGCAAGAAGAGACGAAGCUGAAGCAGAAGCGGGAAGAAGAGGAGAAGAGAGAGAGGGAUGCGUUGGCGCUGAAGCGAAAACAGGAAAGGGAGGAGAGAGAGAGAUAUGCGCUGGCCCAGAACGGGAGGAGGAGUCGGAGUCGGAAUCAGAAUCAGAAUCAGAAUCAGAGAGGGGGGGCGAAAAUUGGGGGCGGGUUUGUGAGAACGACUGGUGAGAUUCAAGAGAAGGGGAAGGAGAUAGUCUGUGGUGGGCCCGGUGAUGGAGGAGAAAAUAAUAAGAACAUAGGUAAGAAGGGGGGAAAACGUAAAAAAAAGAAGAAUUUCAAAGGGGCUGCUGCGAUUGAGGAAAGGGAGAAAGUUGGUGCUGGGGCUGAGGUGUUGAGUGGGGAAGGUGGAAGUGGUGUCGGGUCAAGUGCGGUUGAGCUAGUAGGGUGUGUGUCUGUGGUUGAGGUUUUGCCAAGAAAUGGAGAGGUUGCUCAUGUGAAUAGAAGUGAUUUGAGAGGUGGAUUCAAGAAAAAUGGCAGAGAUAAGGGUUCACAUAGAGUGAAUGAGUUGAAGCAGAGUGAAGAGGAGGAUGGUGGUAAGAAGUGUAGUGAGAGUGAGAAAGGUGGAGAUGGUGGGAGUGAGAGAGGUGUAGAUAGAGUAAGAGGGAGUGAGGAAGAAGGGGAGAGAAGGAGAGGCAGUGAGAGGUGGGGAGAUAGAAGGAAUGGAGGGGAGAGAUGGGGUGAGAGAGGUGUAGAUAGAGGGAGAAGGAGUGAGGAAGAAAGAGAUACAAGGAGAGGGAGACUAGGAUGGGGAAGGAAAAAUGGAGGCAAUCCAGAGGGGAAGAUUAACAUUUUGAAGGAGUAUAGGCCUGAUAUUUCAAAGGGUAACGAAGUUGAACUGAAGUUGCAAAACAAGGCUGAUCAGGAUGAAAUUUCCGAGUUUCAUAGUGGAAUAGCUAGUUUAAGAGUUGGAGAUGUAAAUGAAACUCGGGGGAGAGACAAAAGGGCGAAAGAGGAUGGAGCUGAAGGGGGAGGCUCAAAUAUGGAUAAAGUGGCAGUUGAGUUUGAGAAGAAGGAGGAUCGUAAGGUUUUAGCUAGAAAAGGAGAAAACCGGGGGUCUUGGAAGGGGUAUCGAGCAAUUGGAAUCCAGGGCCAUGACAACAAGGUAAAAGAGGGCGGAGUUGAAGGGGAAUGCUCAAAUGGUGAGAUAGUGGCAAAGGAGAUUGAAAAGAAGGUGGAUCAUAAGGUUGUAUCAAGAAAAGGUGAAAACAGGUGCCAUGGGAGGGGAUAUCGAGAAAAUAGAAUCUGGGGGCGAGAGAACAAGGCCAAAGAGGAUGGAGUUGAAGGUGGAGGCUCAAAUGGUGAGGAAGUGGCUGUGGAGAUUGAGAAGAAUGUGGAUCAUAAGGUUUUACCAAGAAAAGGUGAAAACAGGAGCUAUGGGAGGGGAUAUCAAGAAAAUGAAAUAUCGGAGCGAGAGAACAAGGCCAAAGAGGAUGGAUUUGAAGGUAGAUGCUUAAAUGGUGAGGAUGUUGCUGUGGAGAUUGAGAAGGAGGUGGAUCAUAAGGUUUUACCAAGAAAAGGUGAAAACAGGAGCUAUGGGAGGGGAUAUCGAGAAAAUGAAAUAUGGGAGCGAGAGAACAAGGCCAAAGAGGAUGGAGUUGAAGGUGGAGGCUCAAGUGGUGAGGAAGUUGCGGUGGAGAUUGAGAAGAAGGUGAAUCAUAAGGUUUUACCAAGAAACGGUGAAAACAGGAGCUAUGGGAGGGCAUAUCAAGAAUAUGGCAUUUGUGGGCCAGAGAACCGGGCCAAAGAGGAUGGAGUUGACGGGGGAGGCACAAAUAGUGAGACAUUGGCAGUGGAGAUUGCUAAGAACGUGGAUCAUAAGGUUUUACCAAGAAAAGGUGAAAACGGGAGCUUUCGAUGUGCAUAUCCAGCAAAUGCGAACUGGGGCAGAGCUUUUGGGAGGGGAAUGAGCCACACGAGGCCGAGAGAGAGAUUAUAUGAUGAUUUCAGUAUGAAACCGAGAGAGAGAAUUAGGAUGUGGGUGAAAAAAGAAGACAAGCUGAAUGCAUGAUGCUACUGAACUUGGAUUCUUCGCCGUGAGGAGCUUCAGUACAUACCAAUCAGAAGAAUGACGAUUUCUAUCAGUGCGACUGUCGUAGUUCCAAACGGGAUGGCUACUUUUUGAGGCUGAAUCUGCCUCUUCUAUUGUUUCUUAGCACAGUUAGGGUUCCAGUAUAUUCUUGUAAUGCCAUUUAUGCAGUAAUUAUACAUCUCCUUCUUGAUGUAUUGUUAAGCUCAAAAUUGCCCCCUGAUGUACAUUAAUAUGCAUUUCUGGUUGUGUGAAUUCAUUACACUUCCAAUGGAAUGAAGAAAUAUUCCUAAAA